GCAUUUAAAGUUCGAGCAGGCGCCUGCCUAUACGGCCGCAGUUUGUUACAGUAGCAGCUGCAUGAGAAAGAUUUUUUGAAUUUAUUUUAUUUCUACGGCUACAUAGAACGGAAAAUUUUUUCAUCGAUUUCCCUUACUGUGAGCGCCUUUUAAGAGUAAGUCAACAAUAAGAAAUUCACUGUGUAUUAUACGUGUAUUCUUAUACACCUACAGGCCCUGAUCGAUGGAUAUUUAGUAUUGUAAAAUAGAAAAAAAAGUUACACGGAAGGAUGUUAGCAUACGGAAUACUAUAUAUUCUUAUAAAUUUGAUUGCUGCUAAUGAAAGGGAACCAAUCAAAAUAGGUGUUCUGUUGCCGGAAAGUUCAGAAGAUUUCAUUUAUCAUCAACGACACAGCUCUCCUUUGGUUAGAGCCGCUAUAUCGCUAGCAGUUGAUUCAGUCAAUAAUGAUCCAUGGUAUAUCUUUCAUGAUAAAUACGAAUUCGAAUUACUUUGGAAAGACACAAAAUGUGAUGAUACCAUUGGGCCAUUGGCAGCCGUAGAUCUAGUUUAUACCGAAAGAGUAAAAGUGCUUAUAGGACCAGUAUGCGAAUUUGUCGUAGCUGCCGUGGGUAGAUAUGCCACAAUUUGGAAGACUCCUGUUAUCACAGCUGGAGGAGCAGUUUCCAAUUUUGGAAAUAAGACUAAAUAUAAUAUAUUUACAACAUAUUUUACUUACAAAGAUUUGGCCAAUUGGUUUGUCACAAUUAUGGAAAAGUUUAACUGGAACAGGAUGUUAUACUUACUCUUUAUUGGAGGCAAAGCCAAGGCAGAGACAGGAAAGCAGCAGCUGUUCGUUUGUGAAGCUAUCCAUGAAGUUCAUAGAAAAAAUUUACAGAUGAAGAAUCGAAGUUUAGGUGAACAUCUCAAUGUGUAUAAGAUUCUAGACAGUGAGGAUUCUAGACUGUGGGAUUUGGAUCUAAUAUUUAACGAAGUAAUUAGGAAGAAAGCCAGAAUUGUCAACGUAUGCUUUAAUGCCCAAGAUCUCCGCUUCUUUAUGCUGAAGGCGCACGAAUAUGGCAUGACAAAUGGAGAAUACGUUUUCCUCUAUGUCGACUUGAGCGGAAUUACAGCAAACGGGGAAAAAAUAUGGAGAGAUGCUAACGAUACAGAUGCGAACAAUGAAAAAGCCAAAGAAGCCUUUAAAGCUUUAUUAGUUGUGGCCAUAGGCAAUCCGGAAAAAAAUGCCAAAUUCUCAAGAGCGGUCCUUGACAAAGCAACCGAACUGAACAAAGGAAGUUCAAUCGACCUACAAAAAGAGCCGAACACGGAUUUGAUUCCGGCGUUCUACGAUUCCAUUACAUUGUAUGCUUUGGCUUUAAAUGAAACCAUGGCCAAUAAAAACGAUAUCAAUGACAAUAAAGAAGUCCAGAAAAACUUAAAAAAUCGUACUUUCCAGGGUAUUACACGAACUGUUAGUAUGGAUGAAAAGGGAGACAAACAUGCUGAUUACCUUCUGCUGGAUAUGAACGAAACCGGAGUUUUUAAGACAGUGGCUCAUUACUUUGGAAAUGAAAAAAUAUAUGGGGAGACAGCGCAAAUUCUCUGGCCUUCCGGAAGUGAAGCACCCCCAGACGUUCCUAAAUGCGGCUUCGAUGGAUCCAAAUGCGUAAAAAAGAAACCGUUAGAUAUGUAUGUGUACGUCAUUAUUGGAGUGAUGUUAUUACUUACGCUGGUUAUAAUUGUGGCUGUUUUCAUUUUUUACAAGUAUCGCCAAGAUAAAGUUAUUCCCGAUUCUUUAUGGAAAAUCCCUUGGGAUGAGAUUGACUUUGGUGGCAGGGACCAUGGAAAAGCAGCUAAUAUUAAGCAUGCAGAAUCCAUCAGCAAAUUAUCUGAAACCUCUUCAAUGAUAAGUUAUACGCUUUUGAAUACAAAACCACAAACCUUCACGAAAGUUGGGAAUUAUAAGAGUACUUUGGUUGCUAUUAAGAGGGUUGGAAAAGCGGUUUCUAAUCCACCCCGAAGAGAACUGCUACAAGAGUUCAAAAAAAUGAAAGAUUUACAAAAUGAUCACGUUGCCCGGUUCAUCGGUUUUUGUAUAGACGAGCCGAAUCAAUGCAUAUUAUCCGAAUACUGUUCAAAAGGUAGUCUGGAAGACGUUCUAGAAAAUGAUCAAAUCAAAUUAGACGCGAUGUUUAAAUUCUCUUUAAUUCAGGAUAUCGUAAGGGGAAUGUCCUGCAUUCAUAGUAGUGAAAUUAAAGUUCAUGGCAAUUUGAAAAGUUCGAAUUGCGUAGUAGAUAGCAGAUUCGUACUGAAAAUAACUGAUUUCGGUGUACAUUCUCUUCGUGUGAAGAAAUCUCAAGAAGAUGAGGACAAUUUUGCAUACUUCAAAUCUAAAUUAUGGACCGCUCCAGAGCUAUUAAAUAACCCUGCUGAAGAAGUAACUCAAAAGGGCGAUGUAUAUAGCUUUGCUAUAAUAUGUCAAGAGAUAAUUUAUAGAAGAGGAGUAUUUUGGCGACAAGAUGAAAAUUUUGAGCCCCAAGAUAUAUACAAGCAAGUGAAAGAAAUGAAAAAACCUUACUUUCGCCCUACUCUAGAUUCGAUAGAUAGCAUGCUGGAGAGUGACAAAAAUUCAGAGAGUUAUCAAGAUUUAGCAAAUAUUAUAGAGAGAUGCUGGUCAAACGACCCGUUUGAUAGGCCCGAUUUUCACACACUCAAAACGUCAUUGAGGAAGAUAAAUAAAAGCGGAAGUGACAAUAUCCUUGAGCAAUUACUGUCUCGUAUGGAGCAAUAUGCAGAAAAUUUAGAAUCACUCGUGGAAGAACGUACUGCUGAUUAUCUUGAACAGAAAAAAAGAGCAGAAAAUCUUUUAUACAUGAUGCUGCCUAAAUCUGUUGCAAUGCAACUAAUGAAGGGAGAAAAAGUUGAAGCAGAAAGAUUUGACCAAGUAACUAUUUAUUUUUCGGAUAUUUGUGGAUUUACAAAAUUAUCAGCGGAAAGUACGCCGGAGCAAGUUGUUACGCUUCUGAAUGAUUUAUACACAACUUUUGAUUCGAUUAUUAACAACUUUGACGUCUAUAAGGUAAGUUCACUAAUUUAAUAUACAAAGCGUUAAGCGGUCACUGCAAAAAUAAAUAAUCUAUUAACAGGUUGAAACCAUAGGCGACGCUUAUAUGGUCGUCUCAGGCUUACCUAAAAAGACAGACUUUCAUGCCAGAGAAAUUGCACGAAUGUCGUUAGCUUUAUUAAAUGCUGUUAAAGCUUUUAAAAUCUCACAUAGGCCCAACGAUCAAUUAAAACUUCGAAUAGGAUUACAUACAGGUGAAGUAUUAGCCGGAGUUGUUGGAUUAAAGAUGCCAAGGUACUGCUUGUUCGGCGACACAGUCAAUACAGCCAGUCGAAUGGAAAGCAAUGGCCAAGCUCUGAAGAUUCAUGUAAGUCCAUGGACUAAAUCCGAACUCGACAAAUCUGGAACAUUUAUUACCGAGAAUAGGGGACCAGUCGAAAUGAAGGGUAAAGGAGCAAUUAAUACUUUUUGGUUAAUUGGUGAAAUGAGCGAAGAAAAUCCUGAUUUUGCUCCACCGGAUAUGAUAAAUAUUAAUGAUUCCAUCCACAAAGGACGGUUAUUGCAAAAUGGUCACGUCGGUAAAAACUAAUUUUCCGGCAUUUAUAUCUUGAAGGCGGAUUUCCCUGUACACAUAUUGCCAAAAAAACACAAACAUUUGCAGCUUUUAAAUAAACUGCUUUUACUGCUGUGAUAUGUACAAUAACGUCAUUAUUCCACGAGCAUUUACGAAGCUGUUAAUGAAUAAAUAUGUUUAUAAAAUUCUCAGAAUUUUUAAAACCUGCAUUAGAAAAUAUUUAUUUAAAAUAUGAUAUAUAGUAUUGUAUUAAAAGCUUUACCUAAUGGAUAAACAAGACAUAUAGACAUAUAAACAUUUCUGUACAACGUGUUCUGGCAUACUGAAGUCUAUAUUUUGAGAUAAUUGAAGUAAUAAGCAUAAUCUUUAUAUGUAUUAAAGUAUUCUUUUUCAUUUUUACUAACAGUAUAUCAAUGUAUUAAAUGUUGAAAAAAUUAUGAGACUUGUAAUGUAAAUUAUAGGCAGUAAUACAUACGCUAAAUAAGUAUGUUAGCUGUAUAAUUAUAAUUAAAUACAGUAUGUACAUGAAACAUAUAAUUAUAUAUAUACUGUAUAUAUAUGGCGU